GUACGUCAGUAAUUCUCUUGCAGAUUGUUAAAGGUAUUACAUGUUUUUUUUUUAAGAGAGAAUUAUUGGGGUGUUACAACAGAGUUGCUCCUUAGGUAGGUAGAACGUUGGGCUCGUGGAGUUGUCCGGAUGCAGGGGUCAUUAAAAUCAAUUGCGAUGCUCAUUUUGGUGCUGCAACCGGGUUGGAAAUGGUGAUCAGAAGUGAGUAGGGAGCUUGCCGAUUCGGUUUAAUCCUUUCGAGAAGACUGGGCUUUACUCAUGUGCAUCUUGAGAGUGACGCUGAGAAGGUGGUGGGUGCAAUCAGAUCAAAGGUUGUGGGUUUCUCUCCUAUAUUUUUAAUCUAUGAUGAUAUUAGUAGGUUGGCCUCAUGUUUUAGUUCUUUCUCUUUAUCUCAUGUCAAGCAUGCGGGUAAUAUUCUAGCGCAUAAUGUAGCUCGUUGGGAUGUUAGAGAUUGUAAUGAACUUAUAUCGUUAGGUCCUUUUUUCCCAAAGCUUGAUUACUUUGACGAAAAUUGAUCUCGUUUUAUGAAAUUCGCAGCUUGUUUUUUUUUUUUAAAAAAAAAUAUUGGGCUCCUUCAUAAAUUCCCCAAAAAAAAGAGUCAAAUUAAAAAAAUAAAAAUCAAACUAGUAUGAAAAACCACUACCACGCUGUCACGCACGCUUCUUCUCCACUCGUCCUCCAACACCGGCGUCCAAUACCUCGGCCGUCCGCCGCCACUCCACUGCCACCGCCCACUAUGCAUCUUUCUUCCUCACAUUCAUCUCUAAAUUCAAAGCAAUACUACGAGAGCAGGGUAAAAUUCCUGGAUGCGCAGAAAGCUGCUGGAAUCAAUCCGUACCCUCAUAAGUUCAAUGUUACGAUGACUGUAGCUGAUUUCAUAGGGACAUAUGAGGGGUUGGACAAUGGGGAAUAUCUUGAGGAUGUGUUAGUUUCUUUGGCGGGAAGGGUUAGGAGCAAGCGCCCAUCUUCAUCAAAGCUUCUCUUCUAUGAUUUGUAUGGUGGUGGUGCCAAAGUCCAAGUUGUCGCUGAUACUAGGAGUUCUGAGUUGGAGGAAGCUGAAUUUUCCAAGUUCCAUUCUUCUGUGAAAUGUUUUGAUAUUGUUGGCGUAAUUGGAUUCCCUGGGAAAAAGAGAGGGAUGCUAAGUAUUUUUUCGAAGUCUUUUGUUGUUUUAUCUCAUUGCCUCCGUGUAAUGCCUAUACAAGAACAACCUUCAGAGAAUGUUAAUUUGAACAAGAGUCAAGUUUGGGUCCCGGGAAAUACAAGGAAUCCUGACUUGUACCUCCUGGAUGAUGAAGAAACUCGAUAUAGCAUGCGGUUCUUGGACUUAAUGUUGAAUGAUGAAGCAAGAGAAGUAUUCAAGACCCGUUCAAAGGUUAUCACAUAUAUGAGGACGUUUCUGGACAAUCUAAAUUUUUUAGAGGUUGAAACACCCAUAAUGAAUAUGAUUCCUGGGGGUGCAGCUUCUGCAAGAUCAUUUGUGACCCAUCAUAAUGAGCUGAAUAUGAAGCUAUGUAUGCGUACUGCGCCUGACGUUUAUUUAAAGCAGCUAGUCGUUGGUGGACUAGACCGUGUCUAUGAAAUUGGAAAGCAAUUUAGCAAUGAGGCUAUUGACCAGAGACGUAACCCUGAGUUCACCACUUGCAAGUUCUAUAUGGCAUAUUCAGAUUACAAUGAUCUGAUGUGGCUGACCGAAAAGAUGUUGAGUGAGAUAGUGAAGGUAUUAACUGGUAGUUUCAUUAUUAAAUGUCAUUCAAAUGACCCAGAUAAGGAGUUCAUUGAGAUUGAUUUUACACCUCCAUUCAGGAGGAUUAAUGUGAUAGAUGAAUUAGAAAAAUUUACUCAGCUAUCCAUACCACAGGAUUUAGCUAGUGAAGAAGCUAACAAAUUUUUGAUGGAUGUAUGCUCGAAAUAUGAUGUGAAAUGUCUGCCUCCACUAACAUCAGCUCGCUUGCUUCAUAAACUGGUUGGACAUUUUUUGGAGGAAACUUGUUUAAAUCCAACCUUCAUUAUGGAUUAUCCAGAAAUGAUUCAUCCUUUGGCCAAGUGCCACAGAUCAAAGCCUGGCUUGACUGAGUAUUUCAAGUUGUUUGUGAACAAAAAUGUGCUUUGCAAUGGUUGCACUGAAGCAAAUGAUCCAAUGGUACAGCACCGACGAUUUACUGAUCAACUGAAAGAUCCACAAUCAGAUGGUGGAGCAGUGGUUUUGGAUGAGACUUGUACAGCGCUUGAGUAUGGGCUGCCUCCUUCUGCUAGUUGGGAAUUGGGUAUUGAUUAUCUAGCAAUGUUGGUGACUGAUUCCCGAAGCAUACAGGAAGUCUUGUUCUUUCCUGCCAUGAAGCCUCUGUUUGAGCCAUCUACUGAUGAAAGUCAUUGUUCAUCAUCAUCAUCUAUGUCUUCCUCUUUCCGUAUUGUUGUCAUUGGAGACACCCAUGAAGAAUGGACACUAGAACAUGACUCCAAAGCACUCCAAUUUCUACAGCCUGAUCUGGUGCUGUUCACAGGUGACUUUGGCAAUGAGAAUGUUGAGCUUGUAAAGAGUAUCGCGAAGCUUAAUUUCCCUAAAGGAGCAAUACUUGGAAAUCAUGAUGCCUGGUCUACUAGUAAGUUCUCCAAUAAGGAGAAAGAUGGAGUUCAACUUCAGCUGGAAUACCUUGGUGAAGCACAUGUUGGAUAUGACUGCUUGGACUUCCCUCCGUUAAAGCAUAGUGUUGUAGGUGGGAGACCAUUUUCUUGUGGAGGCGAUCAGUUUUUCAGGAAAAAGCUUAUAAUGGCCAGAUAUGGAGUACAUAACAUGGAAGAAAGUGCUGAACAAAUUUACAAGGCUGCUUUACGGACUCCAAAGGAAAAUUCCAUAAUACUUCUCUCACAUAAUGGGCCAAGAGGUCUUGGUUCUGGCAAAGAUGACAUAUGCGGCAUUGAUUGGAAGCCAGAAGCUGGAGAUCAUGGGGAUUCAGAUCUAGCACAAGCAAUUUUGCAAUUGAAAGAGACCACCAACUAUAACAUUCCUUUGAUAGUGUUUGGGCACAUGCAUAAAGAAUUGUUUUGCGGAGGUUCUCGAAAGAUGAUAGCAAUGGAUGGGGAAACCAUGUACCUAAAUGCUGCUAUUGUUCCUAGAGUGAAGUAUCCAAGCUCUGGAGGUACAAUUCGGGCAUUCACAGUGGUAGAUUUUUCAGGUGGCAAAGUAGUUAGGGUAGUAGAAACUUGGGUGUCAAUCUUAGAUGAUGAGUCCUCACUUGAAGAGGAGCAUCUUCUGUUUUGUAGUAACUAGUUUUCAAUUUAUGUAUGUAUAGAAACAUUAAAUAAAAAACGUUAGUAUAUAGCUUUAUCAAUCAUUUACACUAA